CUUUUUGUGAUGAAUCUACGUUCUGUAUUUACUGUAGAACAACAAAGGAUUUUACAGCGUUAUUAUGAAAAUGGAAUGACAAAUCAAAGUAAAAAUUGCUUUCAGCUCAUAUUACAGUGUGCACAGGAGACUAAGCUGGACUUCAGUGUAGUCAGGACGUGGGUUGGCAAUAAGAGAAGAAAAAUGAGUAGUAAGAAUUCUGAAGCAGGAGCAGCAACACUAGGAACUGUUUCUGGUACUUCUUUGGCAGCUCCAGACAUUACAGUGAGAAAUGUGGUUAAUAUUGUUCAACCCUCAAACCAACAACCUUCUUGGACAUCUGCCAAUAAUGACGUUAUUUUAACUGGUAUAUACAGCCCAGCCAGCUCAUCAAGUAGGCAAGGGACAAUCAAACAUACAAAUACACAAAUUACAGAAGCACAUAAAAUCCCUAUUCAGAAAACUGCCAGUAAAAAUGAGACUGAGUUUGAGUUGCACAUUCCUGUUCAAAGACAAGUGGCACACUGCAAGAAUGCCUCCCUGCUCUUAGGUGAAAAAACAAUUAUUUUGUCAAGACAGACAAGUGUGCUAAAUUCUGGAAAGUCAGUAUACAGUCACACAAAGAAAAACUAUGGAAGCUCUUCAGUGCAAACUUCUGAAAUGACGGUACCUCAAAAGCCAUCUGUGUGCCACCAAUCUUGCAAAAUUGAACCAGUUGGUAUUCAAAGGUCAUAUAAACCUGAGCACACUGGUCUGGUAUCACAUAACUUAUGUGCACAGAAGCCAACUAUUAGAGACCCUUACUGUAGAACACAAAACUUAGAAAUUCGUGAAGUAUUUUCAUUGGCAGUUAGUGAUUACCCUCAGAGAAUUCUGAGAGGAAAUGCACCGCAGAAGCCUAGCUCAGCAGAAGGAACUUGUUUGUCCAUUGCAAUGGAGACUGGAGAUGCUGAUUAUGAGUAUGCCAGAGAGGAAGAGUUGGCAUCAAUGGGAGCACAGAUACCAAGCUACUCAAGAUUUUAUGAAAGUGGUAGUUCUCUUCGAGCUGAGAACCAAAGUGCAACUUUUUCUGGACCAGGAAGAAAUAUGCCAAAUUCACAAAUGGUGAAUAUUCGAGACUUGUCAGACAAUGUACUUCAUCAAAACAGAGACUAUCUCUUGGCACCACGGACCUCAUUACAUACAGCAUCUAGUACAAUGUACAGUAAUGCAAAUCUAUCACGGAAUAAUUUUUCUCCACAUUUCACAUCACCAAACCAGUUGAGGUUAUCACAAAACCAAAAUAAUUACCAGAUCUCAGGAAACCUUACAGUGCCUUGGAUUACAGGGUGUUCUAGAAAAAGAGCACUACAAGACCGAACUCAAUUCAGUGACCGGGACUUAGCCACCCUUAAGAAGUACUGGGACAAUGGCAUGACUAGCCUGGGAUCUGUUUGUAGAGAGAAAAUUGAAGCAGUCGCAACUGAAUUAAAUGUUGACUGUGAAAUAGUUCGGACUUGGAUUGGGAAUCGAAGAAGGAAGUAUCGUUUAAUGGGGAUUGAAGUUCCGCCUCCAAGAGGAGGCCCUGCUGAUUUCUCUGAGCAGCCUGAGUCUGGUUCUUUGUCUGCAUUCACACCAGGAGAGGAAGCUGGUCCUGAAGUAGGAGAGGAAAAUGACAGAAAUGAUCAAGUUUCCAUCUGUUUGUCUGAAGGAAGCUCUCAAGAAGAGUCCAAUAGAGUUGUUUCAAAUGAGGCAAGGGCUCAUAAGGAGGAGGACCACCAUGCAGUAUCCACAGAUAAUGUGAAAAUAGAAAUUAUUGAUGAUGAAGAAAGUGACAUGAUAAGUAAUUCUGAGGUGGAACAAGUGAAUUCUCUCUUGGAUUAUAAGAAUGAAGAAGUCAGUUUCAUUGAAAAUGAGCUAGAGAUUCAAAAACAAAAAUACUUUAAACUUCAGACUUUUGUUAGAAGCUUGAUACUAGCUAUGAAAGCUGACAACAAGGAACAACAGCAGGCACUGCUGUCAGAUUUGCCUCCUGAAUUAGAAGAGAUGGAUUUCAAUCAUGCUUCACCGGAGACUGAUGAUACCUCAUUCAGUGUGUCUUCUUUAUCAGAGAAAAAUGCCUCAGACAGUUUGUGAAUCAAGGGGGAGGGGGAUAUAUGACACAGCCUUUUGGCUGCCUAAGAGGUGUGCAUUUCAAGAUAACUGCAUUCCGUUGCCCAAUAUUCUUCAGUGGGAAAAACAUAUUGUGUGAAACAGGUAUAUUCUGUGAAGGAUGGACAAGAUAUAAUGGCUUCAAUGUACACUUCAAAAAAUGUAUACGAAAUUUAAUAACACUGAGAGUUAUUUUCCAAACUGAUAGAACUCUGAGGAAAAAUUGUAUUUGAUUUUAAGCAGUUCAUCUAUGAAAUGCAUAAUGUCUAGUUUCUGAAAGAUGUUUAUUUCAUUUUAUAAAAGAGUCUUAGUUUUGGUGAUGAUUUUGACCAGUGACACAAAAAUGAAGAUACUUCAACAUUACUUAUUGAGCUGCUAAAACUUGAUUAGCCUUGUUGUUGGAGCCAUUAUAUCUUCCUUCCUCUUCUAUCCUUUCCCUGUCAUCCACAUAUACUUUUACUCAGGAAAGUGAACUGAAAAUUGAAAAGAAAACUUUAAAAAUUUAUUUAAACUAGAUGAAUUCUGGGAUUUAUUUUUCAUCCCCUAUGAGAAUUUGACUUAAACUAAUGAUUGAAAAUUGAAGUGAUUACUAAUAUGUAAUUGUAAAUUGUUGGUAUUCUUCCAUUAACUAACUCAAAUAUUUGGGGGGAGGGGGGAUUAUACUGUGGAAAACUAAUUUACUAACAUAAAGUGAAAUAAAUUAUUCAGUGUACAGAAAAAAACAUAUAUGUUGUAAAAGAUUAGUUUUAAUGGGAAUUCUUCAUUGCUGCAAAUAAGAAAUAUUGAUAAGAUUCACAUUCUACUAGUAAAUUUGCAUAACUGAGUUAGAGAAAAUGUUUCACAAAUAUAAGCUUUUCAUUAUCUUCAUAAUAUCUUUUCAGUUCUUGCUUUUUAUGAAACAGGAAGUCAAGGUAAGCCACUGAGAUUAUUUUUUUUAUCUAGCUGUGUCCCAAAAUUUACCUCAUUUCUACACAAGGCCUGUACAGAGCCA